UUGAGACUCUAAUCUGCCAGAUAAAAGGAGAAAUCGAAAACGUCAACAAGCGAAAAGACGAUCGAUGUUUAUUCUCUUGUUACCGCGGCUAUGGUUCGCAUAUGUUGUGUCCUGGGCUGCACCAACAAGUCACACGACAGCCGCCGUAAGAAACUCGACAACGGGUUGAGAUUCUUCACCUUCCCGACCUGGAAGAAAAGCUACGGGCCGCAAAUCAAAGAGAUCUCCAAGAGGCGACGGUCGGCUUGGGUCGCCGCUGUCCGACGCAAAGACAUCACAUUUGACAAGAUAACUCCUUUCAUGUUCGUCUGCUGUCGCCAUUUCCAUAAAGUGAUGUUACAGUGUUGACACUUAUGAAUCAAAUCCGCACAGAUUGAAGCAUUCGGAUGAGUAUUGAGAAGUGAACAGGCACCUCAUCAUGCCGAAGACCCGACGUACCGCCUACAUGGCGGCCUUCAAGCUGCAGGCGAUCGAGCUGGCAAUCAAAAAGGGUAAUCGAUCCGCUGCUCACGAGCUUGGAGUUAACGAAUCCAUGAUACGACGUUGGAGGAAGCAGCAUGGAGAACUGUCUCGCUGCAAGAAGACGACAAAAGCCUUCAGAGGAAAGCCGGCGUACGAAAUGAUGGAGAACGACCCAGACUGGGCGCCGUCCUUGCAUAUGGGCCACACAGAGAACGAACUCGGCAACUCCCUGCGCUCAGCCAAAAGAAAGAAGUCGGUUCUACAGAGCGAGCGUAUCCAGGAGGCGGCCGAGUCAGCAGAAGAGGAGCCGGCGCGAUGCGAGGAAGCGCUAACGUUGAACAUCAAACAAGAAAAGGAGGAGGAAAUAGUCAAAUGGGAGCGCAAGGAAUGCUGUGGAAUCGGAACAAAGAAAGUCAAUCAUGAAGAAAUGCUGAUCGAAGCGGUCAAACGGGAAGGGGGGCAGACAGAAUGCAACUUCUGCAUCCAAAGGUCUACAGAAGUAAGCCACCUGGUGGAGGAGAACAGACGACUCAGGCUUGAGUUGGACGCCUUCAAGAUCGCGGAUGGCUUUUUCCAGGACGACGACAACAAAGUGGAAUAUUACACCGGUUUGCCGAACGUGGCCUCUUUCAUGACCUUUUUCUGUUUUUUAUUACCGUUCAUGCCAGCCCGCCACAACAGACUGAGUCCUUUUCAAGUCCUCCUGUUGACUUUCAUGCGCCUCCGGCUGGAUUUACCCACGCAGCACCUCGCUCACAUUUUCAGCAUCACCACAAGCACAGUGGAAACGACGUUUCGAGAAACUGUUUCGUUUCUGUACGCAAAGCUGAAGCCUUCCGUUACGUGGCCCUGCAGAAAUACUUUGCAAAGGACGACGCCGCGACGGUUUGCCGAGGCCUUCGGCGGCAAAGCCGUCGCCAUCCUGGACUGUUUUAAAUUGCAGCUGUCGCAUGAUGACAAAUUAGACCAAAGCAAUUAUGCCGUUCAAUAUUUAAUUGCUGUCACACCAAGUGGAUUUGUUGGUUUUGUAUCAAAAGGGUGUGACGAAUUUAUAGCUGCCAAAAACGUCUUGGAGAAAAGCGGUUUCUUAAAUAGCUUGUUGCCAGGCGAUGUCGUCUUGGCAAACAGUUUCGACAAAACCGGCGACUUGUUUUGCGCUCAGGUGGACGGGCCGACCUGCGUCCGAGCCAACUGUCUUCUUGCUGAGAACGUGGUGGCACACGUUGAAACCGUCGAGGGAAAUAUCCGCCGCAAGUAUCAAAUCUUCAAAGCGGCCGUGCCCGUGGACAUGACGCUAGCGCGUGACGGUGAAGAAGUCACGUUGUUGGAUAAAAUGGUCACCGUCUGUUAUGCGCUAGAAAACCCUUGUCCAACUACAAUUUAACUACACCGCCAUUUUGAUUACCAAAAUAAAGAUGGGUAAGAAACUUUCAGGAUAAUU